AUGUCCGGCAAAUCCAGGGUCCUUUUGGUUGGAUGCGGCGGUGUCGGAACCGUCGCAGCCCUCAACCUCGAACGCGGAGGUCGAGCCGAGGUGUCGGGAGUGUUGAGAUCGAACUAUAACCUGGUAAAAGAGACCGGGUACACGAUUCACUCUUGUGACCACGGCGAAUUGAAAGGGUGGCGACCAACCGAGGAAUCAUCAGACCGCCCCUUCGACUAUAUCGUGUGCUGCACAAAGAACAUCCCAGAUACCAGCCCAACACUGCCAGAGAUCAUCUCGCCAGCAGUGUCUGCAGGGCACACGACAAUCGUGCUCAUGCAGAACGGGCUGCAUAUAGAACGGCCAUUCAUCGAAAGAUUCCCAGAGAAUAUUAUCCUAUCAGGCGUCAGCCGCGUCGACGCACACGAAGUCAGCAAAGGCGUGAUAGAGCAGAAACAGCGCGAUCUGCUACACAUCGGAGCCUUUCAGCACCCGUCUCUCAGCAGAGAUACGCUGGAGAAGAAAGCAAAACAGUUUAUUGCUAUUUACAGCGCCAGCGGGAAAACAACGUGUCUCUACAAGCCCGAGGUUGAGUAUGAGCGCUGGACGAAGCUUGUUUACAAUGCAAGCUUUAACCCGGUCUGUGCGCUCACUGGACUGAACACGGGCGAGCUCCAAUUGAACGAGAAUACUAAUACUCAUACUCUGGCUGGACUUGUUAUCCCGGCCAUGAAGGAAGUGGUGGAGAUUGCGCGGGCUGCGGGGCAUAUACUCCCCGAGGAUAUUGUGGAUGAUGCUAUUCGCAGUAAUCCUGUUGAGCAGAUGAUUACCCCGAGUAUGCAGGUGGACGUUCAAAAGGUUGGUUCUUGA